AUGUCGUCAGCGGGCAUCUCAUCCGCCACCCCCAGCAUCAGUGACCUGGAUGGUUACACCUUCCGCGACUACCAAUUCCCUGCCAGUUCUACCUUUGCGCCUGUCCAGCUUGAAGACGACGAGUUCGGCUUUGAUCCGCCACAGAAGCCUCUGACAACCAAUGACUAUCAAGUCUACAGCCCGCCAGAUGACUAUCCCAUGUCUCAAUGGCCCGAAUUCGACCGAGACGACGACUUGAAAGUAUCCACAGAAAACCCGCUCAACGUUGACAACUACGAGAUGGACAAGUUCAUCACCUCGGUAUUGCCUAAUCCCUCCACAGCAAUUGCACGAUACGGCCAAAUGACCCCUCCACGAUCGAACUCCACUGCCAGUACCGAUUCAAAGGAGGAGAAGUUGUCGCCCAAAUCUCAACCACUAGAACCUCAACCUCGAAAACGAGGAAAGGGUCGGCCUAAAGCUACAGAAACAGCCUCCUCUCCAUCGAAGACGACAACGACCGCGGGUCGUAAGCGAAAGGCGACGCGGAAAUCCUCCACCACCAUCGAACAAGGAGACUCAGCAGAGGAACAAAAGAGAAAACAGUCACUCGAGAAGAACAGACUAGCUGCUGCAAAGUGUCGAAUCAACAAGAAAGAAAAGACGGAGCGCUUACAACGAGACUCGCAAGAGAAAGCAAUCGAGAACGCGUACCUCAAAGACCAAAUCAUGCGCAUGAAGGAUGAGAUCCAACAGAUGAACGCUAUUCUUGUUGCACAUGGCAACUGUGAAGGAUGCAAGUCUCCGGAAGAAAUUCAAGCCCACCUCAAUGCCCUGGGGAACGACUUCUUCAGCCAACAACUCGCCCUUGCCAGUCAGAAUUUUGGAGAAUUCCCUCCGGUGAACUUCACCAGUCUGCCCGUGAUGCCCGACAAUUUCUUUGCGGGGACCACCGACGACCAGAUCCUGCACCCGCCUCUACCAGAGUUUAAUCGCUCUGCAGAGUUUGAGGUGCACACUCCUGCACCGACGGAUUGA